AUGGGAUCGAAAUCAAAUAGUAAAGGUAAAUUUUCAAAAAAGAAUUUACAUUCUAAAUAUGGUACACCACCAAGUAGAAAUUAUAAUCAUAUUCAUCAUAUUUCACCAAAAACUACUCCAAUAAAAAAGAAACAUUAUAGAAAAUAUUAUCAUGAACAACCUUCUAAAAAAUAUGCUUAUGUUGAAGAACCAGAUAGUGAAGCUGAAUCAAGUGAACAAGAAGACAUACAAGAAGAAGAUGAUAUUGAAUUAGAAGAUGAUCAAGAUUUAGAAGAUGAAGAUGAUUUAAUGGAAGAAGAUUAUGAAGAUGAAGAUGAUUUAGAAGUUGGAUAUGAUGAUAUUCCAGAUAUUUUAAGAGCUUUAGCUGAGAAUGGUAUUGAUUUGGAUGAUAUUUCAUCUAGUUCAUCUAGUUCAUCAUCGUCAAGUGAUAGCGAUGAUGACAGUGAUAGCUCAUCAAGCUCAUCAAGCUCUAGCUCCAGUAGCUCAUCAAGUUCAUCAAGUUCAAGCUCAAGUUCAAGCUCCAGUUCGUCCAGCUCAUCUAGGUCAUCGUCAUCUAGCGAUAGCGAUAUCGACGAUAUUGAUAGUGAUGAUAUUGAUAGUGACAGUUCGUCAUCUUCAAGCUCAUCAUCUAGCUCAUCGUCAAGUUCAUCAUCAAGCUCAUCAUCAAGCUCAUCAUCUAGCUCUUCUUCUUCGUCUUCAAGUGAUAGUGAUAGUGAUAGCGAUAGCUCCUCCAGCUCCUCCAGCUCCUCAAGCUCAUCUAGUUCAUCUAGUUCAUCAAGCUCAUCCAGCUCUUCUAGUUCAAGUGAUAGCUCAUCAGAUGAAAGUUCAAGCGAUGAAGAAGAUGAAGAAAUUUAUGAAUUUGCCCUUAAACCAAGAAAAAGACGUUAUGAAUCAAGUUCCGAAGAAGAAGAUGAAGAAGAUGAUGUUGAUUUCGUAAAUGCAAGUGAUAUAUACGUUGAUUCAGAUGGUAAUGAAUAUUUAAUUGAUUUAGAUGAUAAUUUAGUUGAUGCUGAUGAAUUAGCUUAUCCAAUCAUUCAUGAUUUAAAUGAUGAAAUUGUUGCUUAUUAUGAUGAAAAUACAUCUGACGAUGAUGAUGAUGAAGAUGAAGAAUUAGAUGACGUUGAAGGAGUCGUUCGUUUAAUUGAAGCUGAUUCUGAAGAUGACGAUGAUGAAGACGACUUAAACGAUAGAUUAUUAAUCAAAAAUGUGAGAGCAAAUGAAGAAAGUGAUGAAGAUGAAGAUAUUGAUUUAGGUUCUGAACCUGAAUUUUUCGAAGUUGAUAGUGAAAAUGAUAAUUCAUCUGAUGAUGAUGAAGGAGUUGUCAUUUAUAGAAAAGAUGGUUUAUGUGAUGAUUGUGAAUGUGAAUGUCAAGAAGAAGAUGAAGAAGAAUCAGAUGAUGAUUUAUGUGAAAAUUGUAAAAGGGAAGAAGAAGAAGAAGAAGAAGAUGACUCAAACGAUUUGAUUGUUAUCAACGAUGACGAAAAUGAAUUUUCAGUAAUUGAUUUAACUGAAGAUUUAGCAAAUAGUCAAGAUUACGUUUUAAAAGAAAUUGAUGAUAAUACAUAUAAAUUAAAUGUUAGAUUUCCAUCAUUAGUUAAAGAAGAAUUAAAAAUUGAAUUUUUGAAAAAUGAAAAUGAAUUAGUUAUAAAAGGUAAAUUAAAUUUUAAUGAUAUUGAUAUCGAAGAAAAUGAUGAAGAUGAUGAUGAUGUUAAAAUUACACCAGAAGAAUUUGUUGAAUAUGCUCUUGAAGAAGAUGAAGAUUCAGAAGAUGAUGAUGAUUAUUUUGAAGGAAAUACUGAAGAAGUUUCAGAAGAAGAAUAUUCAGGUGAUGAAGAUUCACUUGUAAAUAUUCAAAAAGAAAAUUCUAAAAUUGCCAAAGCUAAAAGAGAUUUAAUUUUAAAACAAAUUGAAGAAUUAGAAAAAUCAGAUAAAUAUAAUGAAGAUGAAGAUGAAGAUUUUGAAAUUGAUAGUGAUAGUGAAGUUGAUGAAACUGCUGAAUUUAAUUGGCCUGAAGAUGAAGAAGAUGAAGAUAUCGAAGAAGAUGAAGAAAAAGAAGAACAAGAUGAUUUUCCAAUUUUUGAAGCAAUUGAUUCAUCAGAUGAAGAUGAAGAGAUUCAAGAAGAUGCACAAGAUUUAAUUAAUGAAUUUAAAAAUAAAGAAAUUCAUUUUGAAAAACAUUUUCAAUUUGAUAAAAUUAUAAAAUUUAAUAAAAUAAAAGCAAAAUUUAUAAAUGAUGAUGAAUUAGAAUUAAUUAUACCAAAUGAAGAUAUCACCACCGAGGAAAAUAAUUCAUUUAUAAUACCUGUUGAACCUUUAGAAGAAGAUGAAGAUAAAGAAAGUAGUACAACUGAAGAAAUUGAAAAUGUUACUGCACCAAUAUUAAUUGGUUUGGAAGAUUUAAUUGAAUAA